GAAAAGAUUUAUAAUCACACAAAUAUAAUAUGUUGUUUAAAAUUAUAAGUUUUAAAUGUUUUACAAUCACACAAAUGUUAUGAUAUAUUUAUUAAACUUUGUGUCAAGUCAAACAAAACGGGAAUACUUUUCUUCCUCUCAAAACGCAGUUUGUUUGACACGGACUUCUAGCUAUAGUUAUUCAAAGCUAACUAAAAUGGUCAUUGGAGCCAAAGUGACCAGGGUCUCUACGAACCCCAUUGUUUAUCAUUCCUUCAAUUGCACAUCCGACGUAUACACGAAACUCCUCGAAGCCUACGCUCAAAAUGGCGCCCUCCAAUCAGGCAAAACAUUACAUGCACAUUUGGUUAUCAAUGGAUUGGCUCAAAAAACCCAUUUUGCCUCCAACCUCAUUGCUUUCUAUGCUAAACGUAAACAGUUACCCCAUGCACGUAAACUGUUCGACCAAAUUCCCGAAUCAAAUAUUCGCCGUUGGAUUGUUCUCAUCGGAGCCUAUGCUCGACAUGGGUUUUAUGAGGAAGCAAUGGGUGUUUUCUCUGAGAUGCAAAGGGAAGGAGUGAAGCCUAAUAAGUUUGUUCUUCCCAGUGUUCUCAAAGCCUGCGGACGUUUCAGUGAUUUUCGGACGGGGGCGAUAUUACAUGGUGUGAUUCUGAAGAAUGAGUUUGAAUUUGACUCAUAUGUAGUUAGUGCAUUGAUAGAUAUGUAUUCAAAGUGUGGUAAAAUUGAGAAGGCGAAAAGGGUAUUUUAUGGUAUGGUGGAUAAAGAUUUGGUGGCAAUGAAUGCUUUGGUUUCGGGUUAUCUUCAAUAUGGGAUUGUCAAUGACGCGUUGGUAUUAGUUGAGGAGAUGAAAAUUCAAGGAAUGAAGCCUAAUGUGGUGACAUAUAACACUCUGAUCGCGGGAUUUUCACAAGAAGAUGAUCAGGUUCUGGUUUGUAAAGUUAUUGAACUGAUGCAUGAUGAUGGUCUUGAGCUAGAUGUAGUUUCUUGGACUAGUAUUAUUUCUGGGCUUGUGCAGAAUUUUCAUAACAGGGAAGCUUUUGGUAUGUUUAAGCGAAUGUUGGAUGUUGGGUUGUGCCCAACUUCAGCUACAAUCAGUAGUAUAUUGCCUGCUUGUGCAACUGUUGCAGACUUGAUGCUUGGUAGGGAGAUACAUGGUUAUACAAUGGUGACAGGGAUUGAGAAGGAUGUAUAUGUGAAAAGUGCUCUCAUAGAUAUGUAUGCAAAAUGUGGACUUAUAUCUGAAGCAAAGGAAUUGUUUUCCAAGACAUCUGAAAGAAAUAGUGUGACGUGGAAUUCGAUGAUUUUUGGCUAUGCAAAUCAUGGGUAUUGCAGUGAAGCAAUUGAGCUAUUCAAUCAAAUGUUAAGAGAGGAAGAAAGGAAACCAGAUCACUUGACUUUCACAGCAGCUCUCACUGCUUGUAGUCAUGCUGGAAUGGUUCAGUAUGGAGAAAGUUUAUUCAAAAUGAUGCAGGAUAAAUACGCGAUUAAGCCAAGAUUGGAGCAUUUCGCGUGUAUGGUGGAUCUUUUAGGAAGAGCAGGGAAACUUGAUGAGGCCUACAAUUUGAUUCAGAGCAUGCCAAUUGAACCUGAUUUAUUUGUUUGGGGAGCAUUUUUAGGAGCAUGUAGGCAGCAUGGAAAUAUGGAUUUAGCAGAGAUUGCAGCUAAACAACUGGCUAAACUUGAACCUGAGAGUGCUGGAAGUAGUGUGUUGCUAUCAAGUUUAUAUGCUGAUGCAAGUAAGUGGGCAAAUGUUGCAAAGUUGAAAAGGGUGAUCAAGAAGAAGAAGCUGAAAAAGUUUCCUGGCUGUAGUUGGGUAGAAGUUGCAUAAGUUUUUAGAUGGCUAGAGGAGCUGAAUGUCAGAUAUAUUUGCCAAUGGACAUGCCUGGUUUAAAUCAAACCACGUUAAAAAAGCUCGGCAAAUUUGGUAAACCAGGAAAACCUGCAUGAGAUGUCCCAUAUAAAAUGAGAUUUCUAAUCCGAGUCUUAACCAGAUUUCUGUCCUUUCAUUGUUACGUAAAGCUUUGUCACACAUAUCAACUGAAAAGCUUACACAGGGCAAUAGUUGAAGAGGAAAAGUUGAUGCAGAUUGCGUUGAUGGUAGCAACCACAUUAAGAGGAUGAAAGUUCUAGAGGCAAAGAACUAGCCUAGAACUAAGGUGUGUGCUAGUUCAAGACGGGGAGAGCACACAGCUAAGGCGUGUGCUCUGUGACUGAAGAGGGGGAUGUAUGGUCUGAAAUCAGAAUUUAAAGUUUCUUUCGGAUUUUUGGCUACUACUUUGAUGCUGCAUUGAGCUUCAGAGUCAAGCCUUGUAAAUAAAAUGUAUCAGUAGCCUGGGA